AUGCCAAUCCGAAACCCAUUCGCCCGUCGCCCCGAGGUUGUCAUCCCUUUCACCGACGAAAUUGAGCGCACCGGGCAGGAGAACAACCAUCCUGGGUUCGAGCGAGUGGACACGGUGGGCUCCAAAGCCUCGUCGGCCAUGAGCAUUCGCAGCAGCAAGAGCCAUGACGUUGGCGAAUACAAGAUGAGUGUUGUGAAUGACAGUGGUAUUUACCUGCCUCCGUCCCCGACCGAAGAAAAAGGUCAGCACUGGCCAAGAAGGCAUCUGUCUUCACGCGCCUCAACAGAUACUCGCAGUAGCUCUGGUGAUAUCGAGCCUUUCUCCAUUUCCAGAGAAUCUUUUGAUUCAUAUAGACGCUCUUUCGUAUGCAAUGCCCUCACUGGUGUGGCUGCAGUCGGCGCCCCCAAGGUGCUGGAGCUAAUUUUAUCACAGGACAUUACAGCGCGGUCUCCCAUCAGGCACAACGAGGCACCAGUGCGUCAGAGCCUAGACUCUGCCCGCUUUCCACGCCAGCAGCGCUCCGUUCAUCGCAAGAUUGAGCGACAGCCUGCUACGCUCGAAGAGAACUUCGAGGACGUUGGGCUGGAUGACGGCAAACAGCAGCCUCGCAAGCGCGGAUUCUUUGCCAAAUUGACUGACGGCCAGGACAAGGACUCAUCUCCCUCCAGCAUACCACGAUUCCUCAUGGGCGGUCGUAAGCGUGGGCACAGCGGCCAGGGUGCCGAGCUGGGCAUUGUUGACCAUGUCAGAAAACCAGCCACCAGUGAGGAACGCUGA